AUGCCAGUUCACCAUGAAGCGCAGGGGGCGGGCGAUGUUACCGUCCACAAGAUUGAAAAUAUGGGCACCCUGGGCAACAACGGCUACAUUGUGGUUUGUCCGGAAACCAACUCAGGCGUGUGUAUCGACACCCCUGCCGAACCGGAAAAGAUGAUUAACGAGGUGCAGGCCCACGGCAUCGACGUGCAGGCAAUCCUGAUUACCCACGGCCACCAGGACCACCUGGCCGGUUACACCGAGAUCACGGGCGAGAUCGGAGCGCCGGCUGCCAUCGGUGGGCCGGACGCCGGCUUGCCGCCCAGCCCGCCGCAGCGCAACCUCAGCGACGGCGACACGGUAACGUUUGGCAACCGCAGCAUCCAGUGUUUGAGCACACCUGGCCACACUGAGGGGUCGACCUGUUUCCUGGUGGGUGGUUUUGUGUUUUCGGGCGACACCCUCUUUCCGGGCGGGCCGGGCAGGUCGCGCAGUCCGCAGGCAUUGCAACAGGAGCUGAACAGCAUUAGCGGCAAGCUGCUCACCCUGCCUGACGACACCUACGUCUAUCCUGGGCACGGCCCCGAAAACACCACCAUCGGUGAGGCCCGCCGGCGGUAUACGGUGUUCAUGUCCAAGUCGCACUCGGCAGAUUUGCAGGGCGACGUGGACUGGCUGAAUACGUGA